AUGGGCGUCGCCACCUCCGCAGCAUUCGUGGUCUUCGUGCUUCUCCACAUACUUGCCCGCCUGAAAGCACAGACACCCAAUGCGCACAGCCGCGCCUCGCAGCUCGACUUUGUCGCUCAGUACUAUGACAUCCGCUCGAGACUGACCUGUCUUCCCUUCUCCGGCAACCUGACCCUGCACGUAACCUGCCACCACGCUAGUCAUCUCGUCACACUUCUUUCAAGGAAUCUAACGCUCAGCGAAGUAAGCGUGCGACCGCGUGUGGGCUAUGCCACGGAAUCGGAGACAGCCGUUCUGGUCAGUUCGCAAGCGCCUUUCACGACCUUCAAGCUGAAGUGGAAUCUCAAGCCUUCGGCAGAUUACCUCGUGUCCGCAAGCUUUUCCGGAGGGCUUCACCACGGAGAUCACCGGAAGUGGCCGCCUGGAAUGUACCGUGAAGUUGGUGACUCGUACACGACGGUGACCUCGUACGUCGACCAGCUGCACGAUGCCGCUUUCUUCCCGACCGUGCAGAGUGUCAUGCUGAAGUCAAGAUUCAGCUUGUCCGUGCUUAAGCCGAACGCCAGUGUCGCGGUGCUCUCGAGCUGGGAUCUCUUGAAGGACGCCCAAGGACACGACGGCCAGACUUAUUCUGUCUUUCAGAAGACACCUCCGUUCUCAGUCCACCAGGUCGCCGUAGCCGUCACCACACUGCCCAAGGCGACCGACGGCUUCACUACGCUUCACGCUCACGCGGCAAACAUGCCACGGCUUCAGCACCUGCUCGAAUUCUGCACUAACGUCGUCGAAAUGGCGGCGGAGGCCACCGGAAUAUCUUUUCCAAACAAGGGACUGGACGUUUUGGCUCUCCAUAGGUUUCCUCGCCCGUGCCACUCUACCUGGAAACUCGUCGUCGUUAGAGCCGGCACGUUCAAGGCGAAUGCCGCCGGAGGACUGCACACGAACCUUGGCCGGCCAUACCUGCGCUUGACCAUAGAACUACUGAGCACAUGGUUCGGGAACAUGGUCACCGUAGGAACGUGGCUGGACAGGGGCCUUGCCGUCCUUUACGCCAUCAAAGUUCUUAAGCUUGCCAAACCUCAGUGGCUCCUGGAUGACAUACUUCACCUGUAUCGAUUCGUCGCGCUGUCCAGCGUCGACCUCGGUCCGACGCAUGAGAAAGUGUUGUACGACUACGAGCUUCCGAUCACUGCUGUCUCUCUCCUGGCCAUGUUUCGUUUCGCUGUCGGCCAGGACAGCUUCAAAGCGGCCACCACCAAUUUCCUCAAGAAGACAGGGCGUGACGAUGUUGUAGAGCAAGACUUCUGGGACAGCCUGAAGGCUUCAAGUUCAACGGAAGAUAUAGCUAAUUACACGCUAGUGUGGACAGCGCUCGGGUUACCCGCUCCUGAAAGUCGUCCGAGAAGACGCCGAGACAGUUCACGUCGUGCAGGAGCCGUUCUUCUGUUUGAGCUGUCACGAUUCGAGGAGUCGCGCAGGCACGCAGGAUCAGCAACAGUCACCACCAGCAACAAUAUGGCCAAUACCUAUUACGCUUUCCUACGCUAG